AACAGUAAAGUAAAUUAGUAUUAGAAAUCUCUAGAGUCGUUUGGAAGGGAGGCCCUUCAGAUUUGUGACGAUGUCGGAAAAAACUCCAGCAAAGAGCAAAGAGGUUCGUCGAAUCAUGAUGAAAAACAAUUGAUAUGAACCAAUGAAAUGAUGGCCUCCCACAGGUUUUACGCACGUGAUGCGCCAUCCUGUCGACAAUAUAAAACAGGACGCUCUGUAUUGUUGGUUUUCUUCACGAGACCGCAGCAGUGUCCAAACGCCAUCCAACACGCAAGAAGUGGCUCUCCAGCGACCCUCCAGGAGAUAUAUUCCACAGUACAGAUGCUCGUCCGAAAAGUUCCAGUGAUAUUCGUGUUCUUGGUGUCCAUCUUCAUUACAGUCGUAAAUGCCGACAUGGAAUCGAUCAAGCGGAUACCAAGUCAUUCCUUCAAGCAAAUGAUGAGAUAUGGGCGGUCAAGUGCCAACAAUGAAAAAAUUAAUGUUAAUCCUCGAGCGGACUUGUUUUACCUCGGCCCAAGGUAUGGAAAACGAGCUGGGCCAACUUUAGCGAAACUGGACACUGUCUACGAUAGCACUUUCAUGCCUUGUACAUACACGGGAGUUGCGGAUCUUUAUAGAUGCGAUACUUCCAGGUCAACUAUGAGGGAAGAUCGACGAAAAUAAGAAGUUUCACGAAUGUAACGCAGCAUUAGAGUGUCGAGAGUCACCGCAAGGCUGGAGUGGCUAUCGAUACCAACCACUUUAUAUCUUCCUUCAUAUUCUGCAAUUUUUAUGUGUAGUUCUAAUAAAACUAACUAAAUAUGUAUGUGCGUUAAUAGUAAGUAAUAUAAUCUUUCAAUAAUGGCA